AUGCGUGACGCUGGCGGUUGCCGGGCCCUGCAGGCCGGAAGCUUGGGCCCGCUCAAGGGCAGGUUCUGGGCGGCGGCGGCAGCGAAGGAGCAGAACUACGAGUACGGCUCCGCGAGAUACCUGCUGCUGUGCGGCCUGGGCGGCAUGCUGAGCUGUGGACUGACUCACACGGCCGUCGUGCCCCUGGACCUGGUCAAGUGCCGCAUGCAGGUGGACCCCGCCAAGUACAAGGGCAUCGUCAGCGGCUUCGGCGUGACGGUGCGCGACGACGGGCUGCGCGGCCUGGCCCGGGGCUGGGCGCCGACCUUCCUGGGCUACUCCCUGCAGGGCCUGUUUAAGUUCGGCCUCUACGAGGUCUUCAAGAUGCGCUACGCCGAGCUCCUGGGCCCGGAGAAGGCGUACCGGUGGAGAACCGGCCUGUACCUGGCCGCGUCGGCCGGCGCCGAGUUCUUCGCCGACGUGGCGCUGGCGCCCAUGGAGGCGGUGAAGGUGCGCAUCCAGACGCAGCCCGGCUUCCCGGGCACGCUGCGCGCCGCCGCGCCGCGCAUGUACCGCGAGGAGGGCCCGUGGGCCUUCUACAAGGGCGUGGCGCCGCUGUGGCUGCGCGGGAUCCCCUACACCAUGAUGAGGUUCGCCUGCUUCGAGCGCACGGUGGAGGCACUCUACCAGCACGUCGUCCCCAAGCCCCAGAGCCAGUGCACCAAGGCCGAGCAGCUGGCCGUGACCUUCGUGGCCGGCUACAUCGCCGGCGUCUUCUGCGCCGUCGUGUCCCACCCGGCCGAUUCGGUCGUGUCCGUUUUGAACAAGGAGAAGGGCAGCUCGGCCUUGGGAGUUCUCCAGAGACUGGGGUUCGCGGGCGUGUGGAAGGGCCUGUUCGCCCGCAUCAUCAUGAUCGGCACCCUGACUGCGCUGCAGUGGUUCAUCUAUGACUCGGUCAAGGUCUAUUUCAAGCUGCCUCGCCCCCCGGUCGCCCAAGCGCCCAAAUCCCCGAAGAAGCAGAAGUAG